CUAUCCAUAGACGGUCCAGUCUACGUUUGCCGUCAAUGCAAUUAUUUGCUGCACAAAUCAUGCGCUGAAUUGCCACUUAAAAUCAAUCACCCCUUUCAUCCACAUCCUCUUGUGCUGAUUGAUACAAGCAGCCAUUUCCAAUGCCAGGCGUGUAAAUGUUCUGUUUUGGGCUUCAGGUACUCGUGUAACAAUUGUGACUUUGAGAUGGAUGUUACAUGUGCUUCGCUAACGAACUUCCCUCUCAAAUUUCAAGUCCACCAGCACCCUCUUGCUUACUUCAAUGACAACAGCUCUAGAUUUGUUACAUUUACCAAAAAAGAAAAGGCUAACUCAGUUACGUGCAGCACUUGUACAAAUUUUACAGGUUUCCCUUUCUUUCGAUGUGUGCCAUGCGAUUUCAGUAUUAAGUUGUGCUGUCUUUCGAUAUUACCACAUACUUUUAAACAUAGCAAUCACAGACAUUCACUCAUCCUCACUUAUUCUCACAUCAAAGACAAUUCAGACGAUGACGAUGACUCAGAAUAUUACUGUGACGUUUGCGAGGAACUAAGAGAGCUGCGAGAGUCAACUUAUUAUUGUAAGGACUGUCAUUAUGUUGCUCAUACUAGUUGCGUGUUCCACGAGAUUCUUCCUUUACUAGAGGGAGAGAGUGGCUGGAGGACAUGUGGUGAAGAGAUUAUAAAGCUUCAAGCGAAGGAAUAUGCACUGAUCAUGAAAAUAGAGAUACUAACAACAAUGUUGAAUAAACUUAAGGAGAAUCGUGAGCUUCAUGUUAGGGAGUACCAAAUUGGGCUAACAGAAGCCGAGACCGGAAAUGCGUCAACAGAUCAGAAAACAUUUGCAAGUGCUGUUUCAGAUCAUCCUGUCAUUACCAAACUAGAUGAAGAGAUUGUAAUUCUUCAAGCAGAUGCAGAUGCACUGACAAAAAAGUUAGAGAAACUAACGACAAAGUUGCAUAAACUUAAGGGGGAUAUCCGCAACACGCUGGUGGCUACGAAAUUGGAAGUAUCUCUUCACUAGGCACAAAGUCAUCUGUGACUAUUCUUGACGAGUUUGAUGAGAAGGUAGAAGAAGACUGCAAUGUGGACAGUGCCGAAAAGGAUGAAGAUGAAGAUGAGGAGAGUCAUGGUACAUUCUCAACCCUUGCAGAACUAGAUGAAGAUAUAGAGACAAUACAAACAUUGUUAGAGACACUACCAGCAAUGCUAGAGACACUACCAGCAAUGUUAGACGCACUUUUGAAGAAACGUGAUUGUAUCUUAGGUCUCGAGCUCAAAUGACAAGUCUUUGACUUGGGGUUCAUGAUGGUAAUUUUUAACUACUAAACCACCCAAUUUGUAUCUUGUGUACUUUGACAAAUCGGGCAUGUUGGUAAUGUUAACUACCGAAUUUGUAUCUUGUGUA